CAAGUUGUGCACGGAGAAUGUUGAUGUUAAGUGAUGCUGUGCACACCCGUUCAACGGGAUGCCGUAUUAAAUCCAUGCAUAGCCAACACCACUCUUCAACAAUAAAUUCUCUGAUAAUAUGGGUAUCUCCAACAUUUAUGCAUAUAUAGACAGUCUCUAAUACAAUGAACACGUAAUAAAAACUUGUCUGAUUUCCUCAUUGAAUGGCUGUAGCUUGUUCUUUUGAUCCAAUUAACCCUAGCUGCUAGCUCCCCUACUAUAUAUAUCACUUUCGUGUUUCAAAGGAACCCCAUUCAAGAUUCGAUAUAUUGUAAGUUUAUAUAUAUAUAUAGAGAGAGAGAAGGAUUAAUGGGGAGGUCACCAAGUUUUGAGAGGGGGUUGAAGAAAGGGCCAUGGACAUCAGAAGAAGAUCGAAAGCUUGUGGCUUAUGUUGAAGAACAUGGGCAUGGAAGUUGGAGGUCGUUGCCCAUUAAAGCUGGGUUACAGAGAUGUGGUAAGAGUUGUAGGCUGAGGUGGACAAAUUAUCUAAGACCAGAUAUCAAAAGAGGAAAGUUCAGUUUGCAAGAAGAAGAAACCAUCAUCCAACUACAUGCUCUUCUUGGCAAUAGAUGGUCAGCUAUUGCGACGCAUUUACCCAAAAGAACAGACAACGAGAUAAAAAAUUACUGGAACACGAAUCUUAAGAAACGAUUAACCAAAAUGGGUAUUGAUCCAAUCACACACAAGUCGAGAACAGCCACUGAUACCAACUUGAGUCAUAUGACACAAUGGGAGAAUGCUCGUCUUGAAGCAGAAGCUAGGUUUGUUCGUGGGUCGACUAACGUUGUUUCCCACUUUUACCAACAAAUCCAUUGCACUUCACCUCCUUUUAUGACAAACAACAAACUGGCGAUGUCAUCUCUUUCACUACCAUGCCUCGAUGUGCUCAAAGCGUGGCAAGGUAUUAAUAUUACUUCAUGUAAGCUCUCAGAUUUAAGUGGGCUACAGACUCCCAAAGACCAAACCAUGCCACCAAUGGUGAAUCUCAUUGAGAAUGUGGAACCAUCAUCUCUUUAUAAAGACAUGAUCACUACAGAAGAUCAUGGUAUGAACAGCUGGGAAAUCUCAAAAACUUCAUUAUUUAACACUCUUGAGUGCCCUCAAGACAAAGGAACUGAUGAUCAGAACUUGUUUGAAGUGAAUGACAUGAUAUAUCAAGAUGACUACUUGACGGAGGCACUUACGAAUCACUUGGUCAAGGAUUUCGAAGAUGAUAAAAGUUACUGGAGUAACAUUCUUGACAAAGUAGGGAAUAAUUCAUCAUUUUCAACUGUUUUCUAAAACAAUACCAUCCGUACGUCAAGAGGAUUAAAGCUUACAAUCAAUUUGUCUUCAAUGUAAUACGUCUUGUAAUAGAAUCUAAUAAAAUUUAAUGUUAUUGAAUCCUGUUCAUCAAA